CGCGAAAAUUCAUUUUGUAAAAAUUUUAUAGGUUGGUUUGGUUGUAUUUGAAAACAUUUCACUUCAAAACCACGAAAAUUUUAGAAUACAGAAAAUAAGAUUAUAAUGGAAUUAGAAAAGAUUACUUCCUUGGAGACGUUAAAAACGUUUAUAUCGGAAAAAGAUAAUUCACAAAACAUAGUUUAUAUUUCUGAUAUACCCGAUGUUUGCAAAGAGUAUCCCUGCAUACUUGGAAUUGACGAAGCUGGUAGAGGGCCAGUUUUGGGUCCAAUGGUAUAUGGAAUUUGUUUUUGUCCAAUAAAUGAACAAAUGAUUCUUGAGAAAUUAGAAUGUGCAGAUUCAAAAGCUCUUACUGAAGAAAAGAGGGACAAUAUUUUUAGUAAUAUAUGCAAAGAGUCUAAAGUUGUAGGUUGGGCAGUAGAAAUAAUAUCACCUAAUUCAAUUUGCAACAAUAUGUUGAGUAGGACGAAAUAUUCCCUUAAUCAAGUUUCAAUGGAUUCAGCAGUAGGACUAGUUAAAGCAGCAGAAAAGGCUGGUGUAAAAAUUGAACACAUAUUUGUAGAUACUGUAGGUCCUCCUGAGAAGUAUGAAGAAUAUUUAAAAAGGUUGUUUCCCAAAUAUAAGGUUAAAGUUUCAAAGAAAGCUGAUUCUCUCUAUCCCAUUGUUUCUGCUGCUAGUAUUUGUGCUAAAGUUACUAGAGAUCACGCCCUUAAAGUUUGGACAUUUCAAGAAGGACUUGAUGUCACGCAUGAACAAUUUGGAAGUGGUUAUCCAGGUGAUCCGGUAACAAAAAAGUUUCUUGUAGACUACUGUGAUCCAGUUUUUGGAUUUCCACAAUUAGUAAGGUUUAGUUGGUCUACUAGUCAGAAUGCUCUUGAGGAGACUGCAUAUCACGUAGAAUGGGAAGAAGUAGAUGAAACAAACAAAAAAUCCCCUCCUGUUAAUAAUACUUCGAUUACGUCUUUCUUUAAAAUGACAAAAGAAAAACCCACAGUGAAGACCAGGCAUGAAUUUUUUACACAAAGGUGCCUUGAUAGAAAAGUUGAGUUUUGAUAUUUAAUUAUUUAGUGUUUAAUAAUUUUCAGUUUUUUGUAUCAAAAUAAAAAAAUUACUCCUUUUAAAA